UUGAGCUACGUAGGUUAUAUUUUUUCACUUCCAUUAUGUAUGGCAUUUACCUUCGCAUUUCAAAGCGCUACGCAUCCACUCUCAAUCCAGUGAAUAGUAAAUGUUUAAAAUUUGAAAACUUAAACAUCACAAACAAAAAAAAUGGCUCAGUUGAUUAAGUCUAUGGCAGGUCCUGUCACUCUUCGUCGCUCCUUCCUUCUCAUUAACAGGAAUUUUUCUUCCAAAUCACCCAAGCAAUCAGCUGGUUACUGUUUUGAACUGACUCCGGAGCAACUAGAAAUCCAACAGCUGGCCAGACAAUUUUCGCGUUCGGAAAUUAUUCCCGUAGCCGCCCAUCACGACAGAACCGGAGAAUAUCCAUGGGAUAUAAUCAAGAAAGCUCAUGGCUUAGGACUCAUGAAUCACCAUAUACCUGAAGAAUUUGGAGGAUCAGAUAUUGGAUCCUUCGAGUCUGCCGUUAUAAUGGAAGAAUUUGGUUAUGGCUGCUGUGGGAUCACCACUCCUAUGGAUGUCAAUAACCUAGGACAAAUUCCAGUGGUUUUGGCGGGUAACAAGGAGCAGAAAAAGAAGUACUUGGGCCGUAUGGUUGAAGAACCACUCAUUUGUGCUUACGGUGUGACUGAACCCGGAGCGGGAUCCGAUGUCGCCGCUAUCAAAACCAAGGCUGAAAAGAAGGGCGACCAUUACGUUUUGAAUGGACAAAAAAUGUGGAUCACCAAUGCCGGUCACGCCAAUUGGUAUUUUGUGUUGGCCCGCACAAAUCUCGAUCCUAAAGCUCCAGCCCAUAAGGCUCUAACGGGUUUCAUCGUCGACCGUGAUACACCCGGACUCACUCCCGGUCGAAAGGAAAUCAAUAUGGGCCAGAGAGCUUCCGAUACCCGUGGGAUCACAUUCGAAGACGUUUUGGUGCCAAAAGAGAAUGUUCUGAUUGGUGAAGGUACCGGUUUUAAAAUUGCUAUGGGAGCUUUUGACCGCACUCGACCUACAGUGGCAUCGGGAGCUGUUGGGUUAGCCCAGCGCGCUCUUGAUGAGGCUACCAAAUACGCUUUGGAGCGAAGCACUUUCGGCGUUCCUAUUGCAAAACAUCAACUAGUAAUGAAUAUGUUGGCAGAAAUGGCCAUGAGUAUUGAGUCGGCCCGAUUAGUUUGGAUGAGAGCCAGUUGGGAAACGGACCAGGGAAGGCGAAACACCUAUUAUGCUUCAAUAGCUAAAGCUAUGGCGGCAGAUGUUGCAAAUAAAUGCGCUACUGACGCUGUUCAGAUUUUUGGCGGCAACGGAUAUAAUACUGACUAUCCUGUUGAAAAGUUGAUGAGAGACGCAAAAAUUUACCAAAUUUAUGAAGGGACUGCGCAAAUCCAACGUUUAAUUAUUGCCAGAGAACUUCUUUCCCGUGCGUCGUCCAAUCCUUCGUCGUAAUUUAAGAAACAAAACUUAUUACUUGCCAAAGGUCCAAAUCGUUCACUAAAUGUACAUUCAACAUGAGUUGAUUACAUUAAGAGAUGAAUAAAAUAGCUCAGAUUUUUUAAACUGA